AUGAGCAUAGCCACCUUAAAGCUAGUGCCUUUGAAAAUUAAAUGCAUCUUAUCUUAUUUACAGGUGAAUAAGGUACUUCCGGUUCCACAUCUUUUCCAUCCAAAGAUGUUUCAGGACCUAAUUUCACUUUUCUCUGAGCCAUUAGUAUUUAUAUCAACCCUAAUCACAGUUCUUGGGAUUGCAUUGUAUCACAUAAGAAACAGAGGAUUGCCACCAGGGCCAACGGGACUGCCAUAUUUUGGGGUAUUAUUUUCAUUGAAGGACGAUAAUAACCAUGUCCAACUGGAAGAAUUCAAGAAGACGUAUGGCGAUAUCUUCAGCUUUACAGUAACAGGAAAACUGUACAUCAGUUUUGGAACAGUAAAAUUGAUGAGAGAAGCAUAUUUAUCUCAUUUUGACUGUUUUGAUCGAACGAUGGACUACACUAUGCUGACACAUGUUUUCGGAGACAGUGUUGGUUUUAUAAAUGGCGAAAGAUGGAAAACUCUGAAAAGAUUCUUUACUCAAGCCUUCAGAGAAUAUGGCAUGGUAAAAAUACAGAAUGCAAUGGCAGGACCAGUUUACGACCAGGUUCAGAAGACUAUGGACGAAUUCAAAGAAGCAAAUGGAAAACCAAUCCAGUUGAUUUCAGUUUUUAUAGACAGAUGCUCAACCAUUAUCCGGCGAACUAUUUUUGGAGAAGACGGAAUCUCACAUCAAGAAUUAUUGGAUUUGACGGAAGCAUAUUUUAUUGUGACAAAGGGAAUGACAGUAACAAAGCUCUUAAUGGCUGGCCCCAUGACAAGAUACAUACUCUUUCCCUUGAUCUCCGACUGCCGCAAUGCCUUAUCAAGUCACAGAAGUAUGGUAAAGAUACUAAAAUCGGUUAUUGAAAGACAUGAAAGUAAAUUCGAUGAAAAUAACGUACGAGAUGUAAUCGAUAGCUAUCUAAAAGAGAGGAAAGAUAGACAAGCAAAAAAUGAUCCUUCUGCUACGUAUUUUUCUAAUGAAGCAUUGGUGUCAUCAUUAAAACAGUUCGUAGGAGACGGCAUUUCAGCUGUAGCUGCUUUUAUUGUCUCCUUUCUAACUGGUCUGGUCGAGCAUCCUGAAGAACAAGAUAAAUUGUACUCUGAGAUAUCUGACGUGGUUGGAACAGACAGGCAUCCAACCACGGAAGACAAAAGCAGUUUGCCGUAUACAAAUGCUUACAUCUAUGAAGUAUUGAGAACUACUAAUUUCUUCACUAUGUUUCCGAGUUUGGAGUGUACAAGUAAGACAUUUUUCGUAUUAUCGGACAGUACUAUGUUUUCUUGUAUUAACGAAAUUACUAAGAGAAAAAAAUAA